AUGGCUGCAUCCCCAUCAAACCUCUGCCACCAUGAUUACACAAUCGGGUUGAUCUCCGCCCUACCCUUAGAGAUGGCAGCUGUGACCGCGAUGCUAGAUGAGAGACAUCCUGACUUGCCCACCAAACCGAACGACGACAACGCUUACGUCCUCGGGAGAAUCAAUGCCCAGCAUGUGGUUCUCGCGUCUGCGACAAUCGCAAAUCAGAUACGAUUGACGUUCCCUUCGAUUCGGAUCGGUCUUAUGGUCAGGAUCGGAGGUGGAGUACCUGAAACCCGGGAGGACAUACGGCUGGGAGACAUUGUCGUCAGUAAGCCAUCAAGGGACCAUGGAGGUAUUGUGCAAUACGACUACGGCAAGUCAUUGGCAGAUGGAGUCUUCUCACGACAGGGAGUUCUCAACAAACCCCCGCCGAUCUUCUUGACCGCAAUAUCUCGACUGCAAGCUACGCAUUUCACGCGAGCCAGUCAAAUUCCAUGCCUCACCUCAGAGCUUGCUAGUACCUCCUGUUUAGCAUACCCUGGCGCCGACUUUGACAUCCUCUUCGAUUUCGAAUACGACCACAAGAGCCCGCUGGCCAUUUGCAAGGACUGCGCCCCAGGAAGACGCGUCAAGCGAUCGCUUCGAGUUUCGCAAGACCCGGUGAUUCACUAUGGUCUCAUCGCGUCUGCUAAUCAGGUAAUAAAGGACGGUCGCAUGAGAGACAAACUAGCCGAGGAACUUGGAUUUCUGUGCUUUGAAGUGGAGGCAGCGGGAUUGAUGGAUAGCUUUCCGUGUCUCGUUUUUCGGAGAAUAUGCGAUUACUCGGAUUCUCAUAAAAGUAAAGAGUGGCAGGGAUAUGCGGCGGCGACGGCCGCUGCCUACGCCAAGGAAUUGCUCUCGGUGAUCCAUGCAAAACAAGUGGAAGACGAACCGUUGAAGCUUUUUGCCAGAGAUCCCGAACUCCUUGACCGUAGCUCGAGUUAUCGACACCAACGAGUCCAUAGAAGGCUUGCCCAUAAACGGCUGGCCGGUACUACACAAUGGUUCUUAAAAAGUCCCGAGUUCAAGGAGUGGUCGGAAAGGCGAUUCAACAAGCUAUGGUGCUCGGGAAAGAGUAAGCUCAAUCCCAGAAAAGAUUGGUAA